GCAGACGAAUCUGGAGACUUGCGUCGGCAUCCUGGAGUCCAUGCGGGGCUACGACGACUUGCGGUACUCCGUCCGGCCGUUCCUGAUCAACUCGCUGUGGUACGGCCUGCCACAGUCAAGGGCGAGGAUGUACAUCGUGGGCAUCAAGCACUGCGGGGUGAACAUGAACCCGGAAGAUUUUCUGGACACUGUGCAGACCUACCUGUCGCACCUGCAGUUCUCUCCUCCGGACCCAGCUGCUCGGCUUCCCAGCUCGCUUUGGAUCGUGUUGGGGCAGCUACCGUUAUCCGGGGACAGCCUCCUCUUGCCGGACGCCAGCUCUCAGGUGGUGACCGAGCUCCAACGCCUUCAAGAGGUGCGCCGCUCGAGCGGGGUGACCACCGGCACCCACGAGAAGAGCCAAGCCUGGGAGCUGACCAGCAGCCCGUGGUAUGAAGUGCUGCCGGCAAGGAUGCGCGAGGUCCUCGCUUUUGCAGAGCUCGACCGCCAGAAGAAGGACUUCGCGUACGCGGACAUUUACCACAGCGCCUACCGUUACAGCACUGGGCCCCAGCGCCACACGCCGU